AUGCCUGAAAACGGGGCUUCCUCCGCAGGAGCCGAAGAAGAAAUUCCCUACCAUACUCGAUACUAUCGGAAGCGCGGACGACCUUUGACGAAGGAGAAGGCCCAAAGCCAACAAUAUCUUACCCCACCUGAGGAGAAAGCUCUUGUUGCUUUCACAUUACAAAUGAGUGCAGUUGGAACUCCUAUACGUGUCAAGUAUAUAUACCUGCACUUACCUUUUGUAUCCCCAGCUGACGUGCUACGAAACGACCCUCCAAGGCACCGAAGAAGAAUUAGCCUCAAGCCUUUCGUCGCCGCCAUCCACACAUCAAAUCGAGGAAUAUAG